AUGUCCACCGACCCUAAAUUCGACACAUUGCACAAACAGCUCUUCGAAGAAGGCCUCAAAGUCCGCCGCGCUGUGGUAGGCGAUGCUUACAUCGACCGCGCACUCGAGAACGGAUCAACGGAGUUCUCUAGGCCAGGUCAAGAACUGGUAACUGAAUGGUGUUGGGGCUAUGCCUGGACUCGUCCUGGUCUGGAGAGACGAGACCGUAGCUUGAUCAAUAUCCCUAUGUUGAUGGCAUUGAAUCGUCAGCCGGAAUUGGCUGUCCAUGUCAGAGGCGCUCGUAACAAUGGGGUGAGUGAGCUGGAGAUCAGGGAGGCAAUCAUCCAUGCCACGACAUAUUGUGGUGUUCCUGCGGGAGUCGAUGCAUUCAAGACUGCAGAGAAGGUGUUUGAUGAUAUGGAAAAGAACGGGGAGGCCAAGCGGGAGCUUUCGGCAAGAUCGGACAAGGCAUGA